AUGUGAUCAAUAUGCUUUUCUGACCAGAGAACUCGACACAACUUCUCCGGAUAAGAGCUGGCGGAAAGGUACAUGUACGUGGGAUGUAAACACAGUUUUAGCCAAAAUGUCGCUGAUCGUUCACGACACGAUAUCGCUGACAACUUCAAGCGGAGUAAGCAGUAUUCAGUUGUGUAUCGGAGACAUCACGAAGCUGUCGAAAGAAGAACAAGUCGAUGUUUUGGUUGUUUCCGCGUUCCCAGGUGAGGUGCGAUGUAAAUAGAGAAGGUCAACAAGACCACAAGAGGAGUUUUAGGCGAUUUCGAGCUCCAAAUGCUCGAUGUCAGUACAUAUGCUCUUUACUCGAUUAUUUGUAAGUUGAUAAUGUAAUAACGAGUCGAUGAAGACCUUUGUCAUGUUGAUGUUUGUCACGUCGCCCACAUAUCAAAUAUCCAGAUAAGCUUUUAUCAAAAACAGCUUAGAUUCUUUCGUGGAAAAAAAACAUCACAUAUUUACCAGCUCUAAUCGCCUCAGUAACGCCACGGUGGUUUUUGAAUCUUGAAAAUUAUUUUGAAGACUUAAGAUCUACAAAAUUAAUAUUGGUUUAAUGAGCAAGCAGUUAUUUGAUAUCGCUCGAUACAAAGCGAAGUAGAAUUUUAGUUUAGGAUGGCAGAAUUCAAAAGUUUUAGAAUUAUAGAGUAAUAUAGAAAUAUAGAGUUAUGAUUAUAGAAGUAAAGAACUAUAGAAUCAUUACAACAUCAAACAGUUUUAACUUAUGAGUGAGCAAGAUAGAACUUCUCCUUACAAUAUCAAUACAAUCACCAGCACACAAGAGAUAAAAAUUUUAAAAAAUGUAAUUUUGGGGAUUAGUUAUUGAUCCAAUACCAAACUCGCCAAACUAACAUCUAAAGAACUGCAUGACAGACAACAAGGAGAAUUAUUGUACAAGCGUUCAAACUGAGCUAGGGCUGGAUAUGUAGCCAGUGCUUCAAUAGAUUCAUUGUAAAUUCACUGUUCAAACGGCAUUUGGAAGCUGAAUGGUCUGCCUGUGGUUGUUUGAGACAAGGGAAGGAGCUACUACUUGUCUCUUAAAUGUUUCAAGUAACCACUGGGAGGAGGGGGAGGGGUGAAUGGGGGGAUGUUAAAUCUUCAAAUUGAUUGGGGCAUAAUGCCCAGUCCCAUACCUGGCAAAAUGGAUUUAAUGAACAAGCAUCAAAAGUUUUGUCCUCUGUCCAUCAAUUUGCUUUAUUUGAACAUACAAUCAGCAACAUGGAAUCUAUUUGUCAAUUUAACCCCCAAAGCGAUUAACAUGAAACUUCUUCCUAGAAUAUCCAUACAUUAUUCCACAAACAGGUACUGAAUAUUCAAACUUAUCAUGUAGAAGCUGCGAUCUUGAUCUAGUACUGAGUUCUUAUGACUAAUUUACAAGGGAAUUUAUAGCAGAUAGAGAGGAGAAUUAAAUAGAACCCACUUUUUCUUGCAGGUGACUAUUCGCCCACACCUAGUUCUCUAAUAGGAGCUCUUUCCAUCAAUCUUGGCAUCAGUGUGCGUAAUCUCUCGCAGGACAAGGAAGAAGACCUUCGUAAACAGUAUUUCUGUUGGUGGUCCAAACCACUUCAUGAACGGCACAGUUUCAGAAGGAUCCUCUGUUUUGAGGGGGGAUUUGGCAGCCGUGGAAGCUCGCCACCAAAAGUAGUGGGGGCUGUGUUUAGAUGUCUCAUACCAAUUCUUAGUGGGAAGGAUUCCAAGGGUGGGUCAGUGAUAAUGCCUCUCCUUGCAUCUGGGGAUCAGGUAUUUUAACUCAGCUCCUUCUGGAGUAGUUUUGAUUUGUAGAGGAAAGAUUUUUGACCCACAGUGUAUCAAGCUAAUAUUCCAGAUUCCUUGUAUGAAAGUAGGAAAUCGUUACCUGUUAUUGUGCUUCCUGCUCUUCUCUCUAUCUCUCUUAACUUUAACAUCAGUAUGUAUAUUCUCUAUACUGUUCUCCAUACAUUUCUCAUCAUGGUACUGACAAGGAGUAUUUUUUAACAAUGAAGUCUAGAAGUAUAUAGCAGUUGAAGCAUCGUAAUCAAUAUCCAAUUGAUUAGCCUAACUCUUACAUCCUGAGACAAACUAUUAACCCUUUAAUAAAGGGUAAGUUUCUAAAGAAACUGUGGUGCUGCAUCAGUGGGAGAGUAUAGCAGGUAAUUUAGUGUUAAGGGUAAAAAAACUGACGUUUUGAGCAUUAGCCCUUCAUCAGAGCGAUAGGGCUAACGCUCAAAACAUCAGCUUUUUUAUCCUUUACGGUGGCUAAUUUAUGUUUUCAACCCAGUUGUUAACACUAAAUUACCUAUUAACCUUUUAACUCCCAUGAGUGACCAACACAGAAUUUCUCCUUACCAUAUCAAUACAAUAUCAACCAGAUAACUAAUGAGAAUAAAGAAAAAUAUCAAUUUGGGGAUAAUUAAUUGAUCCAAUGCUAAAUUCUCUCAACUAACAUUCUAAGAAUUGUAUGGUUAACAGUACGAAGAAUUACAAAUUUAAUCUGGGAGUUAAAAGGUUAAACAUUUUUUUUUAGUCCCAUUUGUUCCCCUUAUAUUAAACAUACAAUACAUAGGGUAGAGAAUGUGAUCCUCCUUCUCUCCUAAUGUCAGGCUGUCUUCUUCGCCUCAAAGGGUGCAAAUUGCUCAGAUUGAGAAUUAAGAAGUAGUUAUUAAUAAUAAUUGUGAUAUUGUUUCAGGAUGUACACACAACUAAAACUUACAAGUGUUUUUUUAUUAUCUUCAUAAAGGGCUACUCUAAGGCACUGAUGUUAAGACUCAUAAUUAACUCUGCAAUACAAUGGAUCAAGACUGGCCUAGAAUUGAAGACCCUGAAAGUUGUUUUGUUUUCAAGAAAUCCUACAAAGCCUGACAAGUCACAUGAGCCACUCUUUGAAAGCUUUCAAAAGCUGAAAGACACUUAUGGAGACAAAGAAUUAACAUCUGUACAGGUUAGUAAAACUUAGUGUAAAAGAUAUUUUUAACAACAACUAUAAAUUAUGGGUAACUUUCAGUUUAUUGCUAAAUGAUACUCUCGUUUUCUUGAUAUGUUUCCACUCCCUGCUUAUCUGCACAGAAUAGACCUUUGACCCUUUAACUCCUAGAAGUGAUCACCAUAUAACUUCUCCUUAUAAUUUUCAUAUAUCAUCCAGCAAACAGGUAAUGAGAAUACUCUAACUUAUCAGGUAGAAGUUGUUAUCUUAAACUAACACCAAAUUCCUGUAACUUUGUUACUUAUGGACAUAUAAAUGUAUAGCAACUGGAGGGGAGAAUAAACAAACAGAUCUUGGGAGUUAAAGGGUUAAGGAGGUAGGCUGAUUUACCCCCGUCUGUCAUCCUAGCUGAGUUUUCUUUCCAAUUGUACAUUAAUUCUUAAUGAAAAUAUCUUCAAAUGAUAUUUACUUGUCUUGGAGGGGUUAUGAGUUACCGCUCACCUCAACACAGACUACGAAAUAAUUAAGCUAAAUUUCCUAAGUGAUCAGCAAUGCUAAAAUUUAUUAGUUGUAAUAUAUUUAUUAUUAAUGAUUAUAACAAAAAGCCAUCAUCCUCUUCACAGGAGGUAACUUUGGUUCCAAACAACUUGGCUCUUUUGGAACCAACACAAGACUGGAUCAUUUGUCUUUUUCCUUCAGUAUUCAUUUCCUUGACUCAUUAUUUGCAAUCAUUAUGAUAACUUGGAUCUUCCUUGAUGUUCCGUAGGAGAUCAUCUACGAUGUUUAUAUGUCCCAUUGUCCCAAAGACCACCAAACUGCCCUGAACAUUGCAAAGUUUUUACGAACUGAGAGAAAAAUCAAAGUGUUUCAUGAUUUCCAAGAGCUAAAUGAUGAUGAUUCUUGGCAAGAGGAGAUAUUUAACAUCAUGGGCAAGUGUGCUCGUGUCAUUGCUCUGUUAAGUCCAGGUUACUUGGAGACAGAGAGUUGUAUAGAACAAUACAACAUGGCCUUGUGUAUAAACAGACGAUCGCAAGAAACAGUUCUGGCUCCGUUUUACAUCACCUCAAUGGACUAUAUGCCAACAUAUAUGAGUCUUAUACAGUAUGAAGACUGUAGGUAUGUUACUGAUUACUGCUUGUAGUAGGAGUACAUAAGCACAGACUUAAAAUAUCAUCUCAUUUAAUUUACAACUUUUCUAUGUAUACAAUCAUGCUGAAAAAUGCACACUUAAACAGUACUUAAGUUUGCUCUCUUGUCUUUGCACUUUUAUUUUAGGCAAAAGGACACAGAAAAGAUCAAAGCAGCCAGUCAUCAUGUGGCAAAUUCGUUGAAGAGGCCGCAAGAAGAUGUUCUAACUGGUGUGACGGAGACAAAGACCAUUGAAACCUUAAAUUAUGAUGUGUUCAUUUCAUACUCACAUCAGAACAAAGCUCACGCAGAGAAGGUGCUACAAACCCUUACGUCUCUUGAUCCAGAGUUAAAGAUCUUUAUUGAUACAUCUGGUCUGAAUACUGGAACAUCUUGGCAGCAAAAGCUGUACAACUCACUGGGUAAGAAAGCAACUUUUAAUUGAAUUUGUAAAUAGAAUAAUUACGAGGCACUGAAAUCGAAGAGGCCGUCAACGAAAAGCUGCUUGGUGUGAAGAUAGACAUGUAUCUUUAUUGGAAUAGCCAUAUAGAUUACAUGAUCACUAAAUUAAAUUCUAGGGUAAAUCUUCUUAAAAGAGCCAGAAAGUACCUGAAUUUAUCACUUAGGAAUUUGCUAUACAACGCUUUAAUUAAACCAAUCUUCAAAUAUUAUUGUUCAGCGUGGGGAAACAUUAAGAUUGAUAAUUUACAAAGGCUCCUCAUAGUUCAAUUACGUUGUGCCAGAGUAAUUUUAAAUGCAGGCACUGAAAGAUCAUUUGGCUUUUUUAAGAGAUUAGGUUGGAUUCCCAUUACUGACAUAAUAGAGCAAAGGAAAUUGUGUAUUAUGCAUAACAUUAUCCAUGGGAAAUGUCCUGAUUACUUUAAUCAUUAAAUUCGUUAUGUUAAAAAUAGACAUCGGUACACAACUCGGGCGUCAACUGAUGUGGACUUAUCCACACCUUUCUUUAGCACUACGACCGGCAAACGUUCAUUUCCUGCAAGUGGCACUAGAUCAUGGAACAACCAAGAUAGUGCCACUAGGGGUCUCACUUCCCUUUGUAAAUUUAAAAAUCAACUAUACAAGAAAUAUAUAGAUCGGAACUCCAGAGUUGAUAAUUUUACUACAAGCAGAAAUUUUUAAUUAAUUCUUAAUUUUUAAUUUUUAACUGUAUUUUUACUUCGUAUUUUUGCUAUUUGAAUUUGAAGUUUUAGUGGACCACAAUGAGAACUACUGGUUCUACCAGUAAUUGUGUUAUCCAAUAAAGUCAUUAUUAUUAUUAUUAUUAUUAUUAUUAUUAUUAUUAUUAUUACUAUUAUUAUUAUUAUUAUCAUUAUUACGAGAGAUAGUAAGUUUUGAGAAAGAUGUUUUUCGUCUUGUCUCGAGCGUGGGACAAAGAAAAAAUUCUGAGUUCCCUUUUGGAAUCAAACCUCAGACCUUCGGAUUCCGCGCUCUGAUGCUCUACCACUGAACCACAGAGACUCCACGUGAGCGCGGUAAGAGCGCAAAUAUGACGCUAUCGACAUUGCUGAUCCUAGCAAUAUGCAGGACGUGUGUCAUAUGAACUUCGUAAUAGACCUCGCUCGCCGUAGAGUCUCUGUGCUUAGUGGUAAAGCAUCGGAGCGAGGUGACUAUAGCGAGAUAUGAGGCAAUUCUCGACCAAUCAGAGCGCGCGCAUCUCUUUAAUUACCUAAGUUGAUAUACGAACUUGAGAUACAUCUUCAACGUUGUAGUAAUACUCGACCGUUACCUUAGUUCUACUAGAACACUUUUUCCCUCUCUUUUAUUCCUAGAUGCGUCCAGAAGUACCAUUGCUCUGUUGUCGCCUGACUACAUCAAAUCUAGAGUCUGUUAUGAGGAAUUCUGCCUUUCACACGCUUUGUUUAUGGAUAAAGAUAGUAUGAUGGAUCUGGUGAGUGUGUUGGUGGAACCCGUUGAGAAACUUCCUUUGUGGUGUGAACAGCCCCUCCCUGUAGACUGCACCCCUCCGGAAGUGGACGCGGACCAAGUUCUCUCUUCGGUGUGUACUGACUUGGUCAACAGACUGAAAGGUGAGUGAAUUUACAAUUGCCGUCGAAAUUUUUUUGAAUUGUAGCAGGAAAUGUACGCUUCAUGGAAGAGAAAGUCUUCCAUUUUGCUACUGUUUCAGUAGCUUGUGUAGAGGGUGCCAGAUCUACACCGUCCCAAGCAAGGAUUGACUCAUGAUGAGUAUUGGUCUCUUCUCUCCCUUUCGUGUACGUUUUUCUUGCCUUCUUUCGAGCGCCCGGUAUGUAGACCAUCGCUCGAGGUUAAGGGACCUCUAUGCGAAGUUACUAAUAAUUAGGUCUAUCUAUUAACUUACUUUCUACCUUUUCCAGUAAUUUUAUGUUCAUUGUCAUGAUUAACCCUGUACUCGAGCCAAUGGGCCCAUUCACCCCAAGCUUAUUUCGGUUUUCAUGGCAUGAAGUGACUAGAGUAUUACUGUUGCCCCUUGCCCCCUCCCCCCCCCAUGGGAUGCCAGUCCCUCUCAAGGUUCCCCCAGCAUUAUUUCAUCAGGCUUCCCUGACAACUUGCAAGUACUCAUUUAAACUCCCGAGUAGAGAGAGGCACUGUGAGAGUGAAGUGUUUUGCCCAAGUACACAACACCAAUUGAUCUGGCCAGGUGUGCAACCCAGACCUCUCGACCAGGAGUCCAGCGCACUGAACAUUAGGUCACUAAACAUCUGUGGGUUUGGUGUUUGUAAACAAAGUUUUAGCUUAUAUUUCCUGUUUUCCAUUUCGCAAACCUUGUUUCCAUGCAGCUUGGUAACCGCUUUAUUUUCAUAGGUGCCAAUAACGCCCAACGGGUGCAAGACCUGAAAAAAGGAAGUCUCACGCUGGAAUCGUCCAUGGAGCACCACAGGAAAUCAGUGUUUGUGCUUCGUUCAGGUGUUCUUACUAAGCCUGUAAAUCUCACGGCCUCCAACGACGAGGAUUCCUUAAGGGUGAAUCAUACCAGUGAUGCAGCCACGUCUGCUGAUGGACAGCAGACUGGUGUAGAUCCGUCAACGCACAACACGUCAACAGAAGUGACAUCAUCAAGUUCUACAUCAUCACAAUUGAAAUCUUCGAGUUCAGCUACUUGUGAUGUGGCACUGAGUUUCGCACCAGGAGAUUCAAAAUCAGCGAUGGUAUUGAAGCAGUUACUUCUCGAGAAAAUUCCCUCGUUAAAAAUCAGUGAACCUAAAGCAGAAGACUUCUCAAGAGUGCAGUCUUUGGACGUGGCCCGCGUGAUUGUGCCGCUCUUGUCGUCGGCUUUCUUGACAUCGAACGAACUUGUUCAAGAACUUAAUAUUGCCAUUUGUCGAAACCGUGGUUCCUCGCGACGAGUGCUGUUCCCUGUCCCGGUAGGUGUAGUUCCUCCGAAGCCCUCUUACGUCCAUCUCAUCCCAAGUGAAUUUUCAUGCAACGAUUACAGAUGGGCGUGCAAAGUUUUAGAUCAGGCCAUGCAAAAUGAGGUCCAUAGGCUGGCACACGGAAACGACAUAGAUGUAGAUCUCGCGUUUUGUCUGAGGUGCGCCGCCUUUUCAAUUUCUGAGAGGCUCUUAGGAGAAGAGAGCAAGGACUUGGAUCUUGAUAAUCGAGUUUUAUUGAAUGUUCACGAGGUGGAAGAAAAAUGGAGGCGGGUACAGAUGGCACUUCAACAAGAGGACGGUUUAGCGGUGUCGUGGAAAGUAGCUUUUGGAAUUAAGAUAGAGACCAAUAUGGACGAUUUAAAACCAGCCGGAAAUACUGAAGAACUUGAAGUGAAGCCAGAAGUUAACACUGAAGAUACCAUGGCUGAAGAAAUUGAAUCAAAUGGAGUAGAACUUCAUCGAAAUGACACCAGCAACGAAAGUGAAAAUACUUGUGAUCAGCCUGGCCCUAGUGAACACGGAGUGGAGGCUGGAAGCAACGAGCCAGUGUCUCCAAAAGAGCACAAGACUGUCCAUUUUAAUGUGGAUGGAGGUGAAGUGGACGGUUCAAAUAGCUCCACACGAGCAGAAUCCAAAGCUUGUUUACUUAUCUAAACAGCGGUACUAUUCCUUCUAGGAAGCACCUGUCGUGCCAGUAUACUUAAUAUAUGACACUGUAUUUAGUCAAUCGAGCGUUCUGCGCGCCUGUUACACGUUAGGGCCUUGCGAGUGGGCGCUCAUUCGAAGUUGGCGUUUUUUUUGAGUUUGUGCGCUUAUUCACACUUCACCAUUUUCAGCAAGUAGCAAGUUUAUUUUGUUACCAAAAGAUGAAUGGUGACUUAACGUGAAGAAGUCUCACAAACAGGGAAUUUAGAGCUCGUACGCCAGUAAAGAAGUAAUAAUAUACAAUCCUCCUCUGCAUUUAAUUUUGUUUCCUAUUCGUGUCAUUCCCUAUUCAUGUCGUGCCGUUACAUUACGUUACAUUACAUUACGUUACGUUUCCCUAAGGAUUACCCAGUUUACACCUCAGGGCCUUCAAUGAGAAACAUCUAGAGCAUAAAUAACCUGUCUAUAAACUUGACUUUAUAACAAAUACAUAAAAAGUUAUGUAAGACUAGUGCGUUGAUCAAUUCGAAGCUCCAACACCUAUCCCUUGGGCAUUUGAACUUUUGUGUUGAG